UGGGAAACUGCGCGCUUAUCGCUGAGGUUCUCUUUAAAACGCUUUUGGAUAUGAAUUCUCUUAAUUAUAGCCKCGCAGAAAUUCAGCGGCGGAUAGAUGAAGUCAAGAAGUUUUUGUCUGUAACCCUUAGCAUCGCUAAUGCUCACACAGUGGAGUUUUACACACACGACGUGUGGAAACGCUUCAUUGCGGUGACGCCGGAGGAGGUCCUCUCAGCCAUUAGUUCCAGCAGUGACCGGCAGGGGGCACCACAGCACAAAGAAACUGCAGAGAGGUCCAGGACCACAUUUGGGUUUUGCACCGACUCCAACCGACUGGUUGAUAUUCAUGAACUUUUAGAGGCGACCAAAGCCCAGUCUCUCCCUGGCCUCGGCGUGUGUUUGAGUAGAGAGGAGCUGCUGCGGGCCCUCCGAGGCAACAAGCCUGAGUCUGCACAGAUCGGAGCAGAGCURGAAGCAGAUGAGUUUAUGAACUCAAAGAAGUCCCAUGAAGUCCRGUCCAUGUCUGAGGUCGUGGCCUGUUUGGCCAAGCACUGUGGAGUCGAACAGGUGGUGGACGUGGGCUCAGGGAAGGGCUACCUGAGCUCCUUCUUGUCUCUGCAGUUCAGCCUUCGGGUCUACGGCAUCGACUCCUCCAGCACCAACACCCACGGUGCUCAGGAGAGGAACAGGAAGCUGGAGAAGUUCUCACGGGCGUACCAGAAGCACGCCAAGGCAGCAAGGGCACAAGUGGAGGAGACGGUGCGAAUAAAACCCGAAACUUGUGACGAUGAAGCUGUUUCAGCAGGAAGCGGGUCGGCGGGCCCCUCGCACGUCGACCCGACGCCGGACGCGCAGCUCACCUCAGAAACAGAGCUGUACCUCAGCGCCCUGUCGGCAGACGUGAUCCAGGCUUCACCCCCCAGGGUUCCGCCGAGCCAGCUGAGCGCCGAGGAGAAGGAGAGGAGAAAAAGGGAGAACCUGGAGAGGAAAGCUCAGCGCAGGCGGGACGGCGCCGGCGGCGUGUUCGCGCCGCUCACGUCUUACGUGACGGCUGACACCGAGCUGCGGGAGCUCAUCGCUGAGCUGCAGAGCCUUCGCAGACCGCGUGCGGUUUCCCCCUGAGCYGGUACCUCCGCCGUCAGGCCUGGUUCUGUGGCAGAAAUGCCAGGAUGUCAGCGUGUUUGGCUUUGGAGAGAGUUUCACUUGGACAAGGGAUCCAGAUGGAGUCUUUGUUCUACAGAGCCGUGCUUCACGUCCUUCUGAGGGACCACUUCAGCUCCUAUAAAAGCGAGAAGCGAGUCGGGAAUGUUUACUCCAAGGCGAAAUCCUUCGUGGACUACGUCCGUCGAGCCCUGCGCAGGCUGGAGCUGGACGACUCAAAGCUUUCGGACAGUGAGAUCCAGGCCUACAGUGAUCAGUACCGAGCCCGGAUAGAUGAGAUGCACGCCUUCAACAUGCUGAAGGUGAGCCUGGCUCCGUGCAUUGAAGGCCUGAUUCUCCUCGAUCGCCUCUGCUACCUUAAAGAGCAGGAAGAUGUAGCGUUCUCUGCACUGGUGCAGCUGUUCGACCCUCUGCUGUCACCAAGAUGCUAUGCUGUCAUCGGACUCAAGAAUCGAAGGGAAUAACGAGCUGAAGAAGUUCUUUGUGUGAGAACACAUCGCUGCAGGGUUCAUUGAGUAAUGUGUUCUUAUCUGUUCAUUUUAACAGUUUGCACCGAUCAUAUUGGGAUUAUUUUUCUAAUUGUUUUUGAAAACAUACAGUACACCUGGAGAAUCUG